UGUGAGACACCUCCUGCGCGAGCCAGUCCGACGUUACCUCUGCAGAGGAAAACGCAAUGGAUCCCUGAUCAUUUUUUAUUUCCACCUCCUUUCACCCCUGGAAACCAUUAUUCGCGUCCAAAUACUGCUUUAUCUGCUAUUUAUUUGAGGCGUAACAGGGCGGUGCAACGAUGUGGAUCCAGGUUCGUACUAUAGACGGGAAGGAGACGCGAACCGUGGAGGAUCUUUCUAGAUUGACCAAAAUUGAGUCUUUACGGUUGAAAAUACAGGACAUCUUCAAUGUAAGCCCACAACAGCAGCGCCUCUUCUACCGAGGGAAGCAGAUGGAAGAUGGCCAGACACUGUUUGACUAUAACGUGGGUCUCAACGACAUCGUCCAGCUGCUGAUUCGCUCUCAGACUGACCCUCCAGAUAGCCCCGCCCCCAAGGACUCCUCGGGUGUUGCCUGUAGUUCAGCUCCCCCCCUUGACUCCAGGUCUGAAAGCCACAACUCCCCAGCUCCUGUCUCCCCCGCUGCUAUGGAAACCAACACCAAUAUAGACAAUGACAGCAGCAGCAUCACUACCAGCACCGUUAACGAAACCAAGCCGGACACCAGCGCUACCAGUAACUCAACCAGUACCAAAAAUGGGUUCAAGUCCCCCAGUCCAGUACGGGACACCCAGCCCCCAACAUCCAGCAAAAACACACUAGCCGACCCAGGAAUUGGUGUGUACAAGAUUAACGAGCUGGUGGACUGCAGAGACGUCAGCAUCGGAGCCUGGUUUGAGGCCUGCAUUGAAAAUGUGACACUUGCUCCCAAAGGACAGAUAACGCCCACCAAGGGCAAGGUGGGCCGGCCCCCAAAAAGGACUAAUGGAAAGCUGGAGGCCGAGCAGGGACAGGCCCACAGCCAGGGCCAAACCAUAGACAGUAACAGGAAUAAUGUUGUGUUAAACUCGGAGAGUAAUGGAGCCUCCACCUCUCAGACAGACUCUACAGCAGCUACAGAGAGCAAGGAGAGAGAAGAGGACGUAAUUUACCACAUUAAAUAUGACGACUACCCAGAGAACGGCGUGGUGGAGAUGCGACCGGUGGAUGUGCGGCCACGUGCCAGGACCCUGCUGCGGUGGGACCAGCUCCAGGUGGGCAUGCAUGUGAUGGUCAACUACAAUAUGGAGACACCAGAUGAGAGGGGCUUCUGGUUCGACGCCGAGGUUCAAAUCCUCAACCAAACCUCUCGCACCAACAAGGAGCUCCGAGUCAAGAUCCUCCUCGGAGGUCCUGGAGAUGUGAUCGGUGAUUGUAAGGUUCAGUUUCUGGAUGAGAUUUACCAGGUGGAGAAACCAGGAGCUCGUGCCCUCUCAGCUGCCGAUGGACAGUUUAAACGUAAGAGCGGGCCGGAGUGUAAGCACUGCAAGGCCGACCCUGACGCCGAGUGUCGCUUCUGCUCCUGCUGCGUGUGCGGCGGGAAGCAGGAUGCUCACAUGCAGCUGCUGUGUGACGAGUGCAACAUGGCGUUUCACAUCUACUGCCUCAACCCGCCGCUGGCCACCAUCCCAGAUGACGAGGACUGGUACUGUCCCACCUGUAAAAACGACACCAGUGAGGUCGUGAAGGCAGGAGAGAAGCUCAAAGCCAGCAAGAAGAAAGCCAAGAUGCCUUCGGCAACAACUGAGAGUCAAAGGGACUGGGGAAAGGGUAUGGCUUGUGUGGGGCGUACUAAAGAAUGCACAAUUGUUCCUUCAAACCACUAUGGACCCAUACCUGGUAUUCCUGUUGGAACCACCUGGAAAUUCAGAGUACAGGUGAGCGAGGCAGGUGUUCACAGGCCACAUGUCGGCGGUAUCCACGGGCGCAGUAACGAUGGCUCCUAUUCACUGGUGUUGGCCGGGGGCUUCGAGGAUGAAGUGGACCGGGGAGAUGAGUUCACCUACACAGGCAGCGGAGGUCGUGACCUCUCGGGAAACAAACGGAUCGGAGAGCACUCUUUUGACCAGACCUUAACACACAUGAACAGGGCAUUGGCCUUAAACUGCGAUGCACCUCUGAAUGACAAAGACGGGGCAGAGUCCAGGAACUGGCGAGCAGGAAAGCCGGUCAGGGUGGUUCGCAGUUCCAAAGGUCGCCGUAUCAGCAAGUACGCUCCAGAGGAGGGGAACCGCUACGAUGGUAUUUACAAGGUGGUCAAGUACUGGCCAGAGAUCGGAAAGUGUGGUUACCUGGUGUGGCGGUACCUGUUGAGACGGGACGAUCUGGAACCAGCACCCUGGACACCUGAAGGGCUGGAGAGGAUCAAGAAGCUGGGCCUAGCUGUUCAGUACCCACCGGGCUACUUGGCGGCCAUGGCUAACAAAACAAAGAAGGAGGCCUGUGCCAGACCCGGUCGCGGUGGCCGGAGUAAGCACUAUCCCGGGAGGGGGAGGCCACGGAGACAACGCAAGAUAAAAGAGAAAGAGGAGAAUGAUGAGGAAGAGGAGGACAUGCAGCCAAUGGCCAGUGUGGAAGAGGAGGAGCCGCAAAGUAACGGAGAGCAGAAGACAACCAGAGAGAGUGAAACGUCACCAGCAGCAGAGCCUCCCUCUAAACGGGUGAAGAUAGAGGAGACCUUCCAGCUGUCAGAGCAGCAGCAGCAGUUGAUCCGAGAGGACACAGCCAACAAGAAACUCUGGGAUGAAGCCAUGGAACACCUUAAAGAGGGGCCGAAUUUCCUGCGCAAGAUGGAGCAGAUCUUCAUGUGCGUGUGCUGCCAGGAGCUGGCCUUCCAACCCAUCACCACCGUCUGCUCACACAAUGUUUGCAAGACUUGUCUCCAGCGGUCAUUCCGAGCGAAGGUGUAUACCUGCCCCGCCUGCCGUCACGACCUGGGCAAGGACUACAUCAUGACCCAAAACAAGAUGCUUCAGAUGCUGCUUGACCAGUUCUUUCCCGGCUACAGCAAGGGCCGAUGAGGUCGAAAUCACAUUUAUAAGUAGAAUACAUACAUACACGCACACAAGCAUCCAUUCUGUGCACCCACGUAUACCGUCAAGUACCUAGAGCUCCACUUUAAAAUGCAUUGCGCACACAUACUGUACUUACCCACGGGCAAAUGUAUAUUGCAUAUACAGCCAUUUAUGUAUACAAUCAUUCAUACACAAACAACCUCAGUAGGGACUGACCUCAUCUGUUGAACUUGGACUGUCUCCAUUAACAUCACCAGCCUGAAAUUCAACCAAGGACAUUUUUUAACCUCCCUACUCCUGCCACAAAAACGCACAAAAAGGAGCCCCAACUCUCGCACCCACUUGCCAUCUCAAGAUCUUAGCUCAUUUUAUAGUUUUCCACUUCCACUGUGUCGUCCGCAGGUUCCAUAAACACGCAUACAGCACGUUGUUAAGAGUGCAUAUUUCUCCCCAGCAAUAUCAUGAAAUCAGCCAUUAGAUUUCCUGCCAACCUGUGCGCAUUUUGUGUACCAUGUACGCAGUUUUACACCAAAAUGCUGCGCUGAGUGUUUGACUCAGCUGGCAAAUAAAGGUGCUAGGUUAAACAGUGAUGUAGGCACAGCGGGACUGGCAAUUUCACAAGGUUACUGAAGACACACAGAUGAGGUAACUCACCCGGUACAACAUUCAGUAUGAGCGAGGAGGUCGUGUGUACGAGAGACAGCCGCAGAGUUGGCCUAAAAUAUACCAAGCUAAAAUUAGAAAAGUCAAGAUUCAAUAUGUAUUUAUAUACAAGAUAAAGCACAGACGUUUUUGUGACCUUGGAGCACUUUAUUACUGACAUUUGCAGCAGACUUGUUUAGUAUUUUAAUCAGGAGCAUUUGUUAGCAUCCUGCUAGCUGCUCACGUCACUUGGAAUUACGCCAUUGCCAUGCCAUGAGCUAAUAAGAGCAGUAACUGUCUCACCAGGGUCAACUGUCAGAGCAUUUUCAGAGAACAGAAAUUGGCAGCUGUGUCCAGUUUGUUUGGAGUGUUGGAAGAUUUCUGGCUCCAGUAGAGCCGCAACUUCAUAUGCUUAAGUGAACACAUCAAUGAUCAACAGCCACAACUCUCUCCUUAGAUUUUAUGUGGAGUUAAAAACAAAGCAUGUAUUUCAUAGACAUACCAAAGACAUGAGGGUGUGUAGAACAAAUAAGAGGCAAAAUUCUUCAGAAACCUGCUUUUAAAAAGUCAUUUCUGUUGAGUAAUCGCACCCGAAAAUAAAAUGCAAUACACAGUAUACUUGUGAAGUCUCGAACAGGACCAUACCAAAUUAUGAUCAUUCUUUAGAAAGGCACUUUUUGUUCCCAUUUCCAAGCACAUAAAAAUAAAUAUAUAAGAUAAACGAGGCCGCACUUCUGAAUCUCCCCCAUAAGCGUUAUUGAAACCUCUUACACUUUAGAAAUAAUUCAUUAAAUAUUCAUGUUAAGACAUUUAUUCACCCGUGAAUGAAGUUCUCACAUCAAUAUGUGUUUUCACAUGUACUGCCUUUCUCGGUUUCACUUCCUCAGUCAGAUGAAAUUGACUAAACUGUCCUUACACAUUACAUAGAGUAUUUCCUGGUAUUUCAUUUGUCUACCAGAGAACUACUGUAAGGGUGUAAUGGAAAUUAAAGAUUUACACAAGAUUACACAAAGAUUUAGUGCUCUGAAAUGUUUGAAAAGCCUGAAGCGCGCUGCUUGCACAUUCAUUUCAGUGAUGCCUGAAAGGGCACACUGUGGUCGUCCCUGGUGUUACCAAGCAACCACAAUCAAGCAGGACCUCACACAAAGAUGGUUAGCAUACAUUUUGCUCAGCAGAUAUUCAUCUGCUAUUGUUCUUCCUGUUAGACUCAGUAUAAUGUCCGCCGGAGAAUUUAAUAUGCAGCAUGAUCUGCCCGUCCUUCAUUUAAAAAUAAAGUAAUCCAAUGAGUGACUGCACAACCAGGAUGAUGUGAGUUACUCUUUUUUUUUUUUGUUGUCAAAUUACAUCCAGAAAAUGGACAAACAGCUUAGUUAUGUGGAACCACACCAUCAGAGGCUCAAUGUUCAGUGAUCACCCAUAUACAGCACAGAAGCUAGACACAGUGCGAUCAGUGUAAUGUUCUCGUGAAUUGUAAAUGUCCUGACCUGUUAGACAACAGGACAUGGAUAAGAGUGCCUUGUAGCAUGAUGUAAAAAAAAAAAAAAAACAUCUAAUACCAAAAGUUGGCAUUCAAUGCCCAGUCUGUUUCCUAAUGUCGUUAACUUAUUCUUUAAUCAGGAAGUUACUGAUUUAAAAUAGUUAUUUUAGACUAUCUCUUUAGUUCCUGCUUGGCUGCUUAUGUUUAUACAGUGUUAAACAUGUCACCACUUCUUUUGUUAAAUGGGGAAAAAAAAGAAAAAAAAAAAGAGUUUUGCAGAAAAAAGUGGAAACUCCUCUUAGUGUUGUCUCAGUCUUGGUACCGCAUAUCAGGUAUUAUACAGACACUAGUUUUCAAUAGCGCUUAUGUGUGUUGAGAUUUCACUGGUGCAUACGAGCAUAAUAUAGCUUUAUUAAUAUGCCAUUGACUAUUUCAAUAGGUCGUGUGUUUCCUUGCACUUAAAUACAACAAAACGUUGACUAUAUAAUAGUUUGAAUUGUGUCCUACAACAGCACCCCAUAGUCAGAACUUCUAACACUGAAAAUUGGAGGAGUGACAUAAAUAGAUUCGGGCCUGGGUUAAUCAUUUAAUGUACAUGCCCCUUUCAGCCAAUCAAUAGGUCAUAGGUCAUGAUCAGUGUUAGAAAGCGGAUUUUUUUUCUUUGUUGAUAUUCUGGAUAACAUAGUACAUGUUUAUAUGAUAAAGAACAUGUGUGAUGUGGAAAGGGUACUGCAGAGUGCGAAUGCCUGGGAUACUUCAGGUUUUUGGGGUUUUUUUAUGUUUUUUUGGGCUUUUUCUGGCUACAUUAGUUGGACAGAGGUGAAUGUUCAAGUUCAGUGUAUCAAGUGUCAAUCAUCAAUCAACUAGUUUGAGGCAGCAAUGUCCGUGCGGCUUCAGUGAGUAACCUAUAAAAAAUUAGGAAACGUUAGAAAACACAUUUGUCUUCCAGAUCAUCCUGGCUAACACACCACGGUCUAUUGGAUGUGACUUUUCCACAGAUGCAGCAGACAGCAAGUCUGAACAGAGCUGAAGACUAUUUCUAGACUAUUUUUAAGCUACUUUUGUUUAAGCAAAAAUCCUAAACAAGCCAUGUUUUUGUAUUUAUUACUUACCUUUUCUUAUAGGUUAUUAUCUAAUCAGCCUGACCAGUGAAAACUGCCCCCUUCAUAUCUUUGAAAUGCACUUGGAAGCGUUACGUAAAUGAAAACUGUCUUUUAAUCACUACAGAAAAAUACCUCCAACAACAAGGAGGACCAAUGACCUAAUCGUACACAAUAUGUUUCCUUUUUACCUUCCUUUUUGUACUUUCACAAUAAUAGGUGACUCAAAGAAGAAUUAUUUGCAUUGCUGAAUACAGAGGCCUCUGUAGCCUGUAUAGUAUUUGAUGUAUUAUACUGUCCAUUUUUCCAAGAGUUAAAAAUGCGUUUUUUUCUAUCUUGAGCAGCUAACAGAGAUUUGCAUCUUUUCCAGUGCUGAUAUGGUACUUUAAAAUGUCCAGGGUUGGCAGGUCUGAUGGGAACUCAAACGAAAACAUCCCAUGGAGAGCACAUAGCCAGCAGCAGAGCCUCUGCACUGAUCUGUGAUUCGGACAGAGGUCACCUGGGGUGCUGAGGCUCAGAUACGAUAUCCAAAAUAGUUUCAACACUUGAGUUGAUUUUGUGGGAAAAUGUAGCCCCUUGUUCACGCGACACCAUCACAUUCACCUGUAACAGCCUUCAAGGCAAAGCCAUGUUUUCUGUAGAGCUGAGACAAUGACGGCUUCAAACGAGGCUGUUUGUUUGUUUGUGGUGAUGUCCUUGUUUCUGUUCAAUCAUUCAGGAUAUUUUUUUUUUUCUUUUUAUCAACAACAUGCAAGUACAAAUGCUACUAUGGUCUUUAAAGCUAACUGUGAUGUGCAUUACUUCCGCUGUUGCUCAGUCUUGUUCAAAGAUUAUUUUUCUUCCUGCAUUGACUGGCAAAGCUUAUAAGCCCUCCGUUCUUUAUCUGCUGUGACCUUCGCUCCCUCUCCUCUCUUUCCGCUGUCUUCUGCUCUCCGUGAACCUACAGUACUAACAAUUUUUAGACGUCUUGUGGACGCUUGGCUUCAGUGCUGUGUUGUUUUUAUUUCUAUUGCACUCUAUUGAAGAAAAAAGUUUGAGAAGUCACAUUUAAUUUUCCUAGAAUGCUUACUAUUAUCUAUGUCCGUACGCCAUUUUUCUACCAUUUUAGUUGCUUCUCUAUUUUAAUCAUUAGUCAUUUUUAUGUGGCAGCCUCAAACAUUUGCAGCAUACGCCAGUCUGAGGAGUUCCAUUGCUUCAUAUUGUGAACUGAAAUUUUAUACAUGUCAUAAUAAUACUUGAUAUGUACCUAUUAAAUAUUUGGAUUCAAGAAAAAAAAAA